AUGCGCCAACUACUGGAUGAGUUAUGGCCCUUUUUCGACUUCAAUUUGCACCAGAUUUCGGAUUCUAAUUCAAUCUACGUUUAUGUUUCUAUUCUAGACUCGCGAGACCUCGGCGAACUGAUGCUGAGUCUGUGUUAUCUCCCGACGGCCGGCCGCCUCACCGUCACUGUUAUCAAGAUGAGGAACCUCCGCGCUAUGGACAUCACCGGGUCUUCAGACCCGUACGUGAAAGUGUGCCUCUUGUGCCAGGGUCGACGCAUCAAGAAGAAGAAGACGACGGUGAAGAAAUCGACCCUGAACCCCGUGUAUAAUGAAGCCCUGGUGUUCGACAUCCCCAACGACAAUAUCGAGGACGUCACCCUGCUCGUCAAGGUCGUAGACUACGAUAGAAUCGGCGCCAACGAACUUCUGGGCGUGACGGUGAUCGGGUCACAGGUCAUCGGGCCCGGGCGUGACCACUGGCUCGAGAUGCUGGAGUGCCCCCGCCGCCCCGUCACCCAGUGGUACCCCCUGAUGGAGAGCGUGCCCCUCAAUCUCGUGACGUCACCAACCCGCUCCCUGCCGCCGCCCCUCACCUGCUUCAAUUCCACGUGA